CGAACGCGAUUGGAAUAUUGCGCGUGUAUUAUGGACACGUUACACGGGCUAAUCAGAAUCUGUUCUCUCGCGUAAAUUACCUUUGAAUUUGGCAAACUGCGUUUGUAAGUAACGGCAUGCUCAAAUUUUGUCAUUCCAGUUGACAGACUCUUCGAAGCGUCUUCGUCGACCGUCAAACUCUUCUUUGUAAAGCUUUUUUUUCUACUGUGAGAUUUGAAUAUUAUACACUUUCAGAAUGCGUGAAUGUAUUUCAAUUCAUGUUGGACAAGCUGGCGUUCAGAUAGGCAAUGCUUGCUGGGAGCUUUACUGCUUGGAGCAUGGUAUUCAGCCUGAUGGACAGAUGCCAAGUGAUAAGACUAUUGGAGGUGGUGAUGAUUCUUUCAACACAUUCUUCAGUGAGACUGGUGCUGGAAAGCAUGUCCCACGUGCUGUGUUCGUGGACCUUGAACCAACUGUUGUUGAUGAGGUCCGAACGGGCACCUAUCGUCAACUAUUCCACCCUGAGCAGUUGAUUACUGGGAAAGAGGAUGCUGCAAACAAUUAUGCACGUGGACAUUACACCAUUGGCAAAGAAAUUGUUGACCUUGUAUUGGACAGAAUCAGGAAGCUGGCUGAUCAAUGCACAGGAUUGCAGGGAUUCCUGAUCUUCCAUAGCUUUGGUGGUGGCACUGGAUCUGGUUUUGCAUCUUUGCUAAUGGAACGUCUUUCUGUAGAUUAUGGCAAGAAGUCCAAGCUUGAAUUUGCCAUUUAUCCGGCCCCCCAGGUAUCUACAGCUGUUGUUGAGCCAUACAACUCCAUCCUUACUACCCACACCACCCUGGAGCACUCUGACUGCGCCUUCAUGGUUGAUAAUGAAGCUAUCUAUGACAUCUGCCGACGUAACCUGGACAUCGAACGCCCAACAUACACCAACCUGAACCGACUUAUCGGCCAAAUUGUCUCAUCAAUUACAGCAUCCCUUCGCUUUGAUGGCGCAUUGAAUGUGGACUUGACUGAAUUCCAGACCAAUUUGGUUCCCUAUCCGCGUAUUCAUUUCCCUCUGGUUACAUACGCCCCAGUAAUCUCAGCCGAGAAAGCAUACCAUGAGCAGCUGAGUGUGGCAGAAAUAACCAAUGCCUGCUUUGAACCAGCCAACCAGAUGGUGAAAUGUGACCCUCGUCAUGGAAAGUACAUGGCUUGUUGCAUGCUGUACCGAGGAGAUGUCGUUCCUAAAGAUGUUAAUGCUGCCAUCGCUACCAUCAAGACCAAGCGAACCAUCCAAUUUGUUGACUGGUGCCCAACAGGUUUCAAAGUUGGAAUCAACUAUCAACCACCAACUGUUGUUCCUGGUGGAGAUUUGGCAAAGGUGCAACGUGCUGUAUGUAUGCUGAGCAACACCACAGCUAUCGCUGAGGCCUGGGCCCGUCUGGACCACAAGUUUGACCUGAUGUACGCCAAGCGUGCUUUUGUGCAUUGGUAUGUAGGUGAGGGUAUGGAGGAAGGAGAGUUCUCUGAGGCACGCGAAGAUUUGGCAGCUCUGGAGAAGGAUUAUGAAGAAGUCGGUGUAGACUCCGUAGAAGGAGAGGCGGAAGAGGAAGGCGAAGAAUAUUAGGUUCACCCGUCUUAAAUUGUAUUAAAAUACAUAAAGAUUUAAAUUUGAAAUAUUAAAAAGUGUUGUGUUAUAAAAGUUCUAGUGUGUUAAAUAAAAAUUAAGUUGUGUACAGUACCUAUGCAGCAUUGCUAUUUAUCUAGUUUUGUUUCUUUAUAUUUUAAAAUAUACUGCUAUACAUUAAAUUGAGCAAAAGCCUAAAUAUUACUAAUUUUUAAAAAAUAUCUCUUUUCAGUGAUUUUAAAGUAGAGACAUUGUAUUUAAAUGUUGGUACACUUACCAGGAUGUUUAACUAAUUGAAGCUAAUAAUAUAUUCAAAGCAAACAGUUUAACUUUUUGUACUU